GCAUCAAAAGAUGUUGCUGAUAGGCUAUUAAAUCACACUGCGGACACUGCAUAAUGGUUCAUCACUAGUACUACGUCGCUUCUAACUUUCAGAGAUAUCAGUUAUUAUGCACAAGACAUUGCGGAAAUCUGUCGCACAGAUAGAUAUCAGGCUCAGAAUAAAGAUACUGUGUCACUCAAUGGGAGAAACAGUAGUGAUUGGCAGUGAUGUAUUUUGUGCCAAAUAUAGUUUUAGUAUUGGGGAAACGCAAAAGCUAGGAUCAUUGAAAUGCUCAGAGUCUUGGCUCGGCACAUACUACGAUGAGCAUAUAUCCACUUUUGAACAUUUACAUCAACUUGUAAAAGAGCAUUGUGUGUAUAAAGGUACAAAAACCAUAUAUAGCACUAUAUUCUAUGGCAUUUCCUUGAAGAAUCUGGUUUAGCCUUCGUGAUAAGCUCAGCUAUAAAUUGCUCUCCAAAGCCUAUGCUUACAACUGAGGCUGAUGUGGUCCUCGAACGCAUGCGUCUACAGACAGGUCAUAGCAGUGAAAAGAUGGUGCUCAAAUCAGCAAACAUAUCCUGAAAACAUU